UAUUACUAAUAGUUAGCUGCGUUUACCGAUAAGCGGGAUAGUGAAUGCAAUUAAAUUUCACAACCAAAUUCUAACUUCCAAUAAAAUAAGGUACAAGGCUGAUUACUAUAUCAUUUAAGCCAGAAUUCGCACAGGUAACUCCUAUCUUACUAUUUAGGAUUUUUGGAUAAUGAUCCAAUUUUAAUAAAUACUAAUAAGAUAUCAGUAAAUAAAAUUUUAAAGGCCGAUUGAAUAAUCGUGAAUAUUAUUAUACUAAUUAAUAUAAUAGAUUUAUAUUUUUCAUAGUAUAGUUGAUUCAUUAUCAUUUAAUUCUUGACUUUUAAAAUCGCCUGCCCCAAUAGUAUACCCCCUAAUUAAUAUUAAUAUCAUUUCAAAUGAUUAUGCCAAUGUCACUGCAUCUGAAACAAAGAUUAAGAUUAAUAAUACCGGCAGCCUCAAGAGGUGCUAAAGUAUUAAAGACAUGUACAAGAUGUCGUAAACAUAAAACAAAAUGUGAUGCCUUAAUAACGAAUCCUUUACCAUGUUCUCAUUGUGCAAAGAAAAGUAUGAAUUGUACAUUAGAAUUAAUGACCAAAGCACCAGAAAGAUCAUCAAUAGAUUUGGUUGAAAAAUUAGCAUCAGAAGUAAAUGAAUUAAACGAAGUAUUAGAUAGAAUAAUAACGAGAAAGAGUAAAUUAGUUGAAUCAUUAAUUAAUAGAGGUAAAACAAUUCAAUUAAUAACUAAUAAAACUUUACCAAAACUUGAAAGAGCUAGAAGAUCAUCUUUAACACCAUCUGUAAGUGCUAUUCAAUCUUGUAUAAGUUCUCCAGAAGAUGUAACAAUUAUAACAAAAAAUGUUACAUAUAAUCAAUUCGAUACUUUUACAAUAUCAACAAAUUUAAAUCAACAAUCAUUUUCAUUAACAUAUGAACAAGCCUAUCAUUUAUUCUCCAAUUAUGAAACUAAUUUUAAUAAAUUUCUUCCAAUAUUUCCUGAUAAUUUCUUUCCAAAUUUAAAUUUAGAAACUUUUAAACUUGAAAAUGAAUUAUUAUUUUGGUGUAUUAUAUUAACUUCAUUCUUAAAUGAUCCACUUGAAAAUUCGGCUUCAAAUUAUGCAAUUUUAAGUGAACAUAUUAAAUCAUUAGUGGUUGAAAAAUGUUGGUUUCAAACUCCAAGAUCAGUUUAUGUAAUAUCAGCUUUAUUAAUUUUAACUACUUGGCCAUUACCAAAUUUAGAUAGUAAAAUUGCUGAUAAUUUAUGUAUAAAAUUUAUUUCAACAAUGAAAUCUUUAUCACUUCAAUUUGGUUUACAUAAAUUAGAUUUUAUUGAAGAAUUUAGUCAUAAAACAAAAAUGAAUAUAUCACAAGAAGUUAAUCUUAAUAAUUUAAUUAGAGAAAGAAUUUAUAAAUUUGUUAAUAUAAAUUCUAAUUAUUGGUUAAUAAAUUUAGGAUUAUCAAAUAAUAAUUAUAAUGGAUUUACUCAAGAUUAUAUUAUUAAUAAAGCUUCAAAUAAAGAUUUAUAUGAUAAAACUAGUGAAAGUGAUAAAUUUAUUAAUUCAUUAUUAAAAAUUUCAAUUAUUCAAACUAAACUUAAUGAAAAUAUGAAUGAUUUAAUUGGUAAUAAUAAUGAAAAUAUUACUUUAUUACCAAAUCAAAUUAAUACCUGUAAAUUAAUUAAUUUUAAUAUGUUUGAAAUUAUCCUUGAAGAUUUAAAUCGAACUUUAAUUAAUAAUAAUAAUCCUUUAACAUUAAAUAAUUUACUUAAAAUUUCAAUUGAAUUUUCAAAAUUACAACUUUUCAUAUAUGCAUUUUCAAAAUCAGAUAUAUCAUUAAUGGAUUAUAAAAUUUAUAUUUCUAAAAUUAUUAGUAGUUGUUGUAAAAUUUUAUCAUUAUAUCAAGAACAUUUUUCAGAAGGAAAUUCAAUAAGUUUUAAUCAAUUACCAAUUCAAUAUAGUUUCCCAAUUGAAUUAUCUACUAUGGUAUUAAUAAGAGUAUUUAAAUCUCCUAUAUUAAAUAUGAUAUCUGAUUAUAAACUUGUUAAAGAAAAAUUUAAUGAAUUUUAUAAAGGAAUUAUAUUAUCAAGUAAUGAUGAAUGGAAAUUUUUACAUGCAAAAUUCUUUAAAGUAUUAGAAAAAUUUGAUAAAGUUGAUAAUAUUUUUAUAAUGUCAAAAAUGGUUACUAAUACUAAUACUAAUUCUAAUUCUAAUUCUAAUGGUGAUAUAGUACCAUCAUUUUUCUUAAUUAACAAAUUAAAAUCAUAUCUUGUAUCAAGUUUAGCAUAUGAAUUAAUUUGGUUAAUUUAUCAAUAUGAAAAUAAUAAUAAUGAUAACAAUAAUAACAGUACAGAUUAUAAACAAAAUUUAAAUUGGCAGGUUUUCGGAGUUAACGAAUCUACAAAUGGUGAAUUUAUACAGUAUAUACAAAGUAACGAGUCAAUUUUCAACUAAAUAAGUUGAUUAUAUAAUGACAUUUUAAUGAAUAAUAUUUU